GAAAAAACAUAAAACCCUCUCUUGAACAACAGCAUUUGGAGAAGUAGCUCGUUCCUCGACAAGGUCAUUGUUUUCCUCAUUUGAUGCUAUGUUUUACUACUACCACUGCUAACACGGAAGACCAUUUCUCUCUUCCCUUCGUCCCCCUUUACCAUUCUCUUUUUUUCUCUCUCUCUACCUGAAACAACCUGAAUCAUGCAAGCUAAACCUAAGCGGCGAGUUGUUGCCGAGAAUGGUGAUGGCCCAGAAGACUUGGUUCUUGCAACUACUAUAGGGAACGGGGAGGAUUUGGGUCCUGCUGUGAGGCAUGCAUUUGAAAUGGGUAAGCCUGAGGCUCUCUUGCAGCAGCUCAGGCAUGUUGUGAAGAAGAAGGAAGUUGAAAUUGAGGAGCUCUGCAAACUUCACUAUGAAGAAUUCAUUCUCGCUGUAGAUGAACUUCGUGGUGUCUUGGUCGACGCCGAAGAGCUUAAGAGUGAGCUCUCAAGUGACAAUUUUCGGCUGCAAGAGGUUAGCAGUUCUCUUCUGUUGAAGCUUGAGGAGCUACUUGAGUCGUAUUCAGUUAAGAAGAAUGUAACAGAGGCUAUACAAAUGUCAAAGAUCUGUAUGCAAGUCAUGGAUCUCUGCGUGAAGUCUAACCAAGACAUAUCAGAAGGUCGAUUCUAUCCUGCUCUGAAAACUUUAGAGCUGAUUGAGAAAAAUUACUUGAAACACAUUCCCGUCAAGACCCUUAAGAGGGUUAUUGAGAAGCGUAUACCAACCAUAAAGGCUCAUAUCGAGAAAAAAGUAACUACAGAGUUCAAUGACUGGUUGGUUCGUGUAAGGAGCAUGGCCAGGGAAAUUGGGCAGACGGCUAUUGGUCAGGCUGCUUCAGCUCGUCAAAGGGAUGAAGAACUGCGUACACGUCAAAGGGAGGCUGAGGAGCAGAUUCGUUCUGGGUUAGGAGAUUGUGUAUACAGUUUAGAUGUUGAGGAAAUCGAUGAGGAUUCCGUUCUGAAGAUUGAUCUCACACCUGUUUAUCGGGCACACCACAUCCACACUUGCCUUGGCAUCCAACAACAGUUCCGAGAUUACUAUUAUAAAAAUCGUUUGUUGCAGCUCAGUUCAGACCUGCAAAUAUCAUCAAUACAACCAUUUCUCGAGUCGCACCAAACCUUUUUCGCUCAAAUAGCAGGGUACUUCAUAGUAGAAGAUCGGGUGCUAAGAACCGCAGGGGGGGUAUUGACUACUGAGCAGGUGGAGACGAUUUGGGAAACAGCCAUUGGGAAGAUGACAUCGAUGCUCGAGGUGCAGUUUUCACGUAUGGAUACUCCAAGCCAUCUGCUCCUGAUCAAGGACUAUGUCACUCUUGUUGGUGCAACUCUUAGACGAUAUGGGUACCAAGUGGGAACCCUUCUAGAAGUUCUCGAUAAUAGCAGAGAUAAAUAUCACGAACUCCUUUUAGAAGAAUGCCGCAAGCAAAUUGUCGAUGUCCUUGGCAAUGAUACUUACGAGCAAAUGGUGAUGAAGAAGGAAUAUGAGUAUAAUAUGCAUGUUUUGGCUUUCCAUCUUCAAACAUCCGAUAUAAUGCCAGCUUUUCCAUAUGUUGCCCCUUUCUCCUCCACGGUGCCUGAUACCUGUCGAAUUGUACGGUCGUUCAUUGAGGACUCUGUCAGUUACCUAUCAUAUGGGGGUCGCAUGAACUUCUACGAUGUUGUCAAGAAAUAUCUUGAUAAGCUUUUGAUUGAUGUUCUGAAUGAAGCUUUGUUGAAAGCAAUCUAUAGUGGCACCACAGGUGUGUCGCAAGCUAUGCAGAUUGCUGCCAACAUAUCUGUUCUUGAACGGGCUUGUGAUCUUUUUCUUCUACAGGCUGCGCAACACUGUGGAGUGCCCAUAAGAAUCGCAGAGAGGCCUAAUGCAAGUCUAACGGCAAAGGUUGUUCUGAAGACAUCAAGAGAUGCAGCAUAUCUUGCUUUGUUGAACCUGGUGAACUCUAAGUUGGAUGAGUUUAUGACCCUUACGGACAGCAUCAAUUGGAUAAUAGACGAGGUCCCACAAAAUGCAAAUGACUACAUUAAUGAGGUGGUCAUAUACCUGGACACUUUGAUGUCAACAGCUCAGCAAAUAUUACCCAUUGAUGCGUUGUACAAGGUUGGAAUUGGGGCCCUUGAACACAUUUCGAAUUCAAUUGGCAAUGCUUUUCUCAGUGAGAAUUUGAAGAGGUUCAAUAUUAACGCUAUCAUGGGCCUUGACAAUGAUCUUAAGAUGUUAGAGUCAUUUGCAGAUGAAAAGUUUCAAAGCACCGGGUUAAGUGAGUUACACAAGGAAGGUAGUCUAAGGGAUUGUUUGAUAGAGGUCCGACAGUUGAUCAACCUUCUCCUAAGUAGCCAGCCCGAGAACUUUAUGAAUCCUGUGAUAAGAGAGAGACACUAUAACUGUUUGGAUUAUAAGAAGGUGGCUACUAUUUGCGAGAAAUAUAAGGAUUCCCCGGAUAGAUUGUUUGGAAGUCUCUCGAACCGAAAUAAUCCAAAGCAGAAUGCUAGAAAGAAGUCUAUGGAUGUUUUGAAAAGACGUUUAAGAGACUUCAACUGAGAAAACAUGUAGUGUAAUAUUCCAUUUGUAGAUUCAUUUUCUGUCCCACUAUCUAGUGCUGAAUGCAUUCUUUAUUCUACUAGUGAUAUCUUUCCCUCUUCAUUUGCAGUUCUGUUCAAUACUUAGAUGACGCCAAAAAUGAUUGUUUGAAAUAGGAACUAAUAAGAUGGAAUGACAUGUCAUGUAGUGUUUCGACUUGGAAUUUUGGGUGACAAUUUAAUAGUACUUGGAUUUAUUACUAAGCAGAUCUUUGUUCUUA